UAUCUGAGCAAUUCUGUUUUUACUUGAACACCAAAAGGUUAAUGCUGAGAAGGUUGCUGUAUCUGGGAAGAAGAGGAGCCAAAAACUUUAUAGGAGGCACUCCGGCAGUGGAGACUUUUGAUCAACUGCAACAGAGAAUUCCUGAAAGAAUCAUUGAGCAUGCUGUCCGUGGCAUGCUUCCCAAAGGGAGGCUUGGUAGGCAACUAUUUACACAUCUUAAGGUGUAUAAAGGUGCUGAACAUCCUCAUGUGGCACAGAAACCUGUUGCAUUGCGCCAUUUGAGACGAGAGGAUACAGAAGCAGCGGUGAACUCCAAGUGA